AUGCCAAGUGCUGGGGCUGGUUUAGAAAGGGUUGGCGUGCAAUUUGGAAGUUUGAACAUAUCAAAUUCCAGUGAAGAGAACGCGGAGACGGAGGCACCUACUCAAAGAACUGAAGAACGAUCACCUGUUCAGCCAUCAUCCGUUUCUUCACUGUCUCAAACGAGUUCCAUAAAUCGAUCAAUUCCAACCACAUCAGUACAAAAUACUUUGCCGUCGUCCGCCGGCAACGUUCCGUCUGCUACACCUGUGAAUGCUGCUGCUCCGACACCUACACCCCAAAAUUUCAAUCCAUCGUACUUUAAGCAGGAGCAAACAUCCGCUUAUCUAAAUCAACAGCAUCAUUUAGGGUUGGCUACGGAACCAUUAAAUGCUCCUUACGGUUCUUAUCUGCCGAGUCAGCAACUGUCAGGAUUUAGUAUGGGUCCAAUUCAAUCGUUACCAGAAUAUGGUGCACUGUAUCCUGAUGCCCAGCGCAUGAUGGGUUACUAUACUGCUGACCCUGCGUAUAACCAAGCAUCCCCUGUUACUUCUGCUGGAUAUCAGGGACGAGGAGAUAAUAAGUACACUCCUGACACAACUACUA